AUGUCUUCUCCAGAUUCAGAGUCAAGUAUUCCUUCUAAUUCUGUUAUUCCAAAUAAGUACGUAAUUAUUGAGAAUCAUGUGCCAAAACUCCCUCUUUGGAUGUAUGUCAAAAUUUUAACUAAGAAUACAAGUGUUGGUGGUGGAAACAAAAAUUGGCAGUGCAAUUUUUGUGAUAGAGUAUUUAUAGGAUCAUAUUCAAGAGUUAAAGCACAUUUAUUAAAGAUAGCAGGAAUUGAAAUUAGUGCAUGUAAGAAGGUGAAUGCAAAUUACCUUAUAGAAUUGAAGAAGAUUGAUGAAGAAUCUACAAAAGCAUAUGAACGGCCUCAUGUCCCUUUGCCUUCUGAAAAUAGGCAAGUUACUCCUAUCCCAAGUGCUAGUAGCACUACCUUUGACUUAACGGGAAAAAAAAGAAAAGUUGGUCCUUUGGAAAAAGCUUUUAAUAAUGAAGAAAGAGCUCAACUUACUGAGCUUAUUGCUCGGAUGUUUUAUUCUUCUGGCCUGCCAUUUCAUUUUGCAAGAAAUCCUUACUAUAUGAGUUCCUACACUUUUGCUGCAAGUCAUGCAAUAUCUGGCUAUAUACCUCCUGGAUACAAUGCUUUAAGAACAACAUUGUUACAAAAAGAGAAGGAAAAUGUUGAAAGAAUGCUUCAACCAAUAAAAAGUUUAUGGAGCUCAAAAGGGGUUACAAUUGUUGCUGACGGGUGGACGGAUACACAAAGAAGACCUUUGGUUAAUUUUAUGGCCAUAAGUGAGGGAGGUCCUAUUUUCUUAAAAGCUGUUGAUGGAAGUCUAGAACGAAAUAAAGAUCGAUUCUAUAUGGCUCGCUUAUUCAAGGAAGCAAUCAAAGAGGUUGGAGUUCAAAAUGUGGUUCAAAUUAUAACUGAUAAUGCUUCGGUAUGCAAAGCUGCUGGGUUACUUAUUGAACAGGAUUAUGAUAAUAUUUUUUGGACUCCAUGUGUGGUGCAUACAUUAAACUUGGCCUUGAAGAAUAUAUGUGCUGCAAAGAACACAGAAAAGAAUGAAGUUACCUAUGUUGAAUGUCACUGGAUCACCGAGGUACGUGAUGAUGCCGUUUUCAUAAAAAUUUUUAUCAUGAACCACUCAAUGAGAUUGGCAAUCUUUAAUGUAUUUGUUCCAUUAAAGCUUCUUUCUAUUGCUGAGACAAGGUUUGCAUCAACAAUUGUAAUGUUGAAAAGGUUCAAACUCAUCAAGCAAGCUUUGCAGGAAAUGGUAAUCAGUCAAGAAUGGAAUACUUAUAGGCAUGAUGAUCAGAAAAAGGCUGCAACUGUGAAAGGUUUCAUAUUAGAUGAUUUGUGGUGGGAUAAAAUUGAUUAUAUAAUCAAUUUCACAAAUCCAAUAUAUGAAGUUCUUCGAAUUUGUGAUACAGACUCUCCAACUCUUCACUUAGUAUAUGAUAUGUGGGAUACUAUGAUAGUGAAGGUAAAAGAAAUUAUCUAUAGGCAUGAAGGUAAUAGACAAGAUGAACAUUCUUCUUUUUAUGAAGUGGUUUAUUCUAUAUUAAUUGACAGAUGGACAAAGAGUAGCACUCCACUUCAUUGCAUGGCUCAUUCUUUGAAUCCAAGGUAUUAUAGUCCACAAUGGCUUCAAGAAGCUCCAAAUAGAGUUGCUCCUCAUCAAGAUGAAGAAAUUUCUAUGGAGAGAAACAAGUGUCUAAGAAGAUACUUUCCUGAUAUUGAGGAUAGGAAGAAGGUUGCUCUUGAGUUCUCUAAAUUCUCUACGUUUGGUGGAGUAUUUUCUAGUUUUGACUCAAUUGCAGAUAGAUGGGAGUUAGACCCACAAUCCUGGUGGUCUAAUUAUGGAUCUUCUGCCCCUCUUCUUCAAAUGAUUGCAUUAAAACUUCUUGUUCAACCUAGUUCUUCAUCAUGCUCUGAAAGAAAUUGGAGCACAUAUUCAUUCAUUCAUUCUAAGAGGAGAAACAAAUUGAAUCCUUCUAGAGCUGAAGAUUUGGUAUAUGUUCAUACUAAUCUCCGACUUUUAUCUAGAAUGAGUGAAGAUUAUAAAAAAGGAGAUACCAGCACGUGGGACGUCAGAGUUGAUGACAACAGUCCAGAUCUGAGUGAGGUUUCGUAUUUAUCUUUAGAUGAACCAAACAUAGAAGCUGUGGUAUUUACGGAUGAUGGACUUGGAGGAGAAGAAAUUGAUACAUUUCUUGUUAGCGAGAUGGCAAGAGUAGAUUAA